CCUGAAUGGGAGCACGUCAGAGCGCCGCGGGCGCACCGAGCCGCCUCUUGCGCUCCGAGCUCCGCAGACGCGCACUGACGCAACACAAGUCAGCGGCAUGUUCCGUGAAACUGCAGGAGAAUCACGGAGCCGCCGCCGUGGACAUGAGCGGGACAUUUAUUUUACCCUUUCGCAUCCCGGAAUAUGAGCUUUUAGGUGGACGCCGCGCGGGGAACUUUGGGAAUCUAUCUGAAGAAGCAGGUGAUCGGUGAGUGUCAACUCGCACAAUAGCCGUUAUCACUCGAGAGAGGGUGUUAAUGACGCAACACUUUACUGUAAAUAUCUGUUCCUCUUUACGCGCGCUUCUUGUCAGACUCGGCGUAUUUCGGGCAGCAGAUGGCUUCGCACAAAAAGAAACGAAGACCAUCGUCACUAAAGAGACCUCGUUGUUGCUCCGUGGAAUUCACUGACAUGCACUUCUGCCCAAACGAUGCCCAGUCUCAUUUCCAAAGUCAUGGGACUGACGCGCGGUGGUGAACUGCUGAGCCUCGCCGAGUCCUCACUUCAGACACUGACUGACGGCCGCCUCGCGCUCACGCUGGAUGUGAUGUAGCGGCCAUGAAUUAGAGCGGCACCGGUUCCAGUGCGCGUCCCGGCAUGGAGCCUCUCAACCGCAGCACGGUGGCCGACAGCGGGCUCUCGGAUGAGGCUUCAUCGAGUCGCAUCCUCACCGCCUGCUUCCUCUCCUUGCUCAUCCUGACGACUUUGCUGGGGAACACGCUGGUCUGCGCCGCCGUCACCAAAUUCCGCCAUCUGCGCACCAAAGUCACCAACUUUUUCGUCAUCUCGCUCGCAGUGUCGGACCUCCUGGUGGCCAUCCUGGUCAUGCCAUGGAAGGCGGUGACGGAGAUCGUCGGCUUUUGGCCUUUCGGAUCUUUCUGCGACACCUGGGUGGCCUUUGACAUCAUGUGCUCCACCGCCUCCAUCCUGAACUUGUGUGUGAUCAGCCUGGACCGCUACUGGGCCAUCUCCAGCCCUUUUCGAUACGAGCGGAAAAUGACGCCCAGAGUGGCUUAUGUGAUGAUCAGUGUGGCCUGGACUCUGUCUGUCCUCAUUUCCUUCAUCCCUGUGCAGCUGAGCUGGCACAAGGCCCAGGCGCCGUCCGCAGCCUCUGGCUUGGGGAACAGCACAACCCAGCAGGGCCCGGAGAACUGCGACUCCAGCCUCAACAGGACCUACGCCAUCUCUACCUCGCUCAUUAGCUUCUACAUCCCCGUGGCCAUCAUGCUGGCCACCUACACGCAGAUCUACCGCAUCGCACACCGACAAAUCCGCAGGAUCUCGGCUCUGGAGCGGGCGGCCGAAAACGCCAAGAACCGGCACGACAGCAUGGGCGGAGGAGGCUCCAGCAUCUCCGAGUCGGAGAGCUCUUUCAAAGUGACGUUCAAGAGGGAGACCAAGGUGCUGAAGACGCUGUCUGUGAUCAUGGGCGUCUUUGUGUGCUGCUGGCUUCCCUUCUUCAUCCUCAACUGCAUGGUUCCCUUCUGCGAGCAGACGAGCGGGGGCCGGACCUUCCCUUGCAUCAGCCCCACCACCUUCGACGUGUUUGUGUGGUUCGGCUGGGCUAAUUCCUCCCUCAACCCCAUCAUCUAUGCCUUCAACGCCGAUUUCCGCAAAGCCUUUUCCAUCCUGCUGGGCUGCCACAAACUGUACCCAGGAGGCCACACCAUCGAGACAGUCAGUCUAAAUAAAAAAUGACUCAUGACUCUCAGAGUCCUGACUCAUCCUUCAUGCUACGAGUCGGAGUGUUCUUGCUGAGGUCGGGAUGUGGCGACCCUGCGUGUUUGCACAGCGCGAGUGGCGGGCUGUGGGCAGCCUGAGAUGAGAGGAAGUGGAGGAUUGAGCUCAGAGCCUCGCAGCACCACAAAUGCCAUCGCGUCAGGUGUCGCGCCGUCAAAACCUCUGCAGCACACGUGACCUGAAUUUGCUCAUUCAGCUGAGCAGCAAUUACCCCCAAAUGUCAAGCAGCAGGUCGUCUCCGACCGAUGACGGCGGGCCCAGAAAUGCACCUCAAAUCUCACCCACACGUCAAAACAAUACGAGGUUGAUCACAUUGGCCCGACAGCCGUCUCAUGAAUUAUUUCUGCUGCACUGCUUGGAGUGGGUUUUUACGGCGGAGUGUCUGGUUUUACUGUGAGUGUCCGGUUUUCUGUCCCAGAGCAGCAGCGUACGAGCUAUUUUGUUGUGUGAAGAGAGUCUUUGGACACGUCUGCAGUCCCGAAAUGACACACGAGUUUCAUUUGCUGCUGACUUACGAUUAAAGACGACCUCUUGUUACCGGCGGGUUGUGGCUCUUCUUUACAGCAACCUUCAGGUGAAGUGCACAUCCAGGUCAUGACGGAGAUCCUGUAGCAGGCUGACAUCACUGAAAUGGAGUCGCAUAAAGCAGGAAACACGAGCACUGGGACUGGCGGACUCUUGUAAAUAAACCAACACGUCCUGUCCACACCUCCUCAAAUCAACGUGAGCGCACCUCAAAUGUCAGAUAAUGAACGGCCGCAUGUCGCACGUCAACGCAAAUCUGAAUUGAAAGACCUUAUUUGAAGUGGAGAAUUCACUUUCCUAAAUGUUUGGAAAAAGUAUUGCUGUUUGGAAAAUGAAGGCUAUGGACUCAUGGCGUAUUCCGGUGACUUCUGAAUUCUAAAUUGGUGGUUGCAUCUAAAUCAAGUGUAUUUACAGAAGCACAUCUGCUCCCACAAUGCUGCAGACGUUAGAAAAGCUAUAGCUACUGUGAGCAGAUGACACAUUUUGGUGCCUGAGACAGCUGUAUAGUUAGCAUGCUCAAGCUAACAAUGCUAGGCUAAGUAGCUUCUCACUCAACCGAACUUCAGCAAAAUCAGUAAAUUUAUUACUGACGCAAAAUGUCUGCAUAUUAAAUGCGCACUGUUUUGGAGGCUACUCAACAUGUUUUGUAAUUAAAUGUUACUUUUUUAUGAACGUGAGAAAGUAAAUUCAUUUGUUGGAAAACAUGUCUUGGGAAAAAGGGAAUGGUUUUAUCGUACUAAUUCUCAAUGUGAUUCUUUCAUAUAAAGCUGUAACCCUUGAUACAACCAGUCAGUUCUGCAGAGGUAAAAGUGAGCGACGACUCUUGUGAUGUUUUCCUGACACAAACACACAACUGAUUGGGACAAACAAUGAAAGAAAAAACUAAAUUGAAGAGUCACUGUCAGCUGCACUGAACAAUAUUGAGUUUGCCUACAGUUGGUGUCAAAUGUCUGGUGCAGGUCUGGAAAUGAGAUCCUACCACGGGUGGGGGAGGACAAGUAUCUUGGAGUCAUGUUCGCAAGUGAGGGAAGGAAAAAACUUGCUAGAAGCCACUGUAUACCACAGGGAAGAAAGAGCUGAGCCAAAAGACAAAGCUAGAUUUACUGGUACGGCCCAACUCUCACAUGCUGUCUUGGAAACUGACUGAAAGAACAAGAUGUCUCAUAGAGAAAACGUCAGAAUCUCAGGGAGACGAGGCUUCGUAAAUCCUCUUUAGCCUUGAGAUAAGCCCGAGUCCUUCCAACUGGGUGGAGGUACCGUGGCCGACCCGGUUCACAAAGUUGAGUUUAUCAGUCUCCGAUCACAAUUCUCUGCUGGUUUUGAGAGAGAGGGAAGGCUGGGCUGGACUUGCAGAUGGUUGGAGUCCACAGUUAAAGAAAGUGUCCCUGACACACACACACACACACGGUUGUGUGCUCUCUCUCUCUGUGGGCCCGGGCUGCCCUUGCCCCUGCGAAGCCUCCCCCAGCGAUCCAUGGGAAGGGAAGAGCAAUUAUUCUGACUGACAUCAUUCAGAAUGUUGCUGAGGUGCCGACACCACAGGACGUGUGCGUGAUCACGCCGACGUCACCUGCUCUGCAGCGCCAACCUCCAGACCGUGUGAUCAGGUUUGGCUCAGUCAUCCUUGCUUUUGUUUGACUGUCAAAGCAGAACUGUCUUUUCGGACGGCCACGUUGGACGUAGGGACUUCACUUGAUGGUAAUGACUGGCCUUGAGGAAAUGAU